AGAAAGAGAAAACAAACCCCUUCUUCUUCUACCCCCAGGAUGGAAAAGUUGGAAACCCCCCAUCUCCGUUGCCGACAUUCUUCCCCUUCCCUCGCCUCCCCAGCUCUUCUCUGAAACAACACUAGAAUAGAAUACAGUAAAAAGAAGCGAAGCAAAGAGAGAGGAGGCAACAGAGAAGGAAACAAAGAACAAUUAGCCCAGAGGAUCAUAGUACUAGGGAAGAAUUUCCCGCCUCUCUCUUUCUUUUUUUCCGAAUUUUUUCCAUCUAGGGUUUCUCCCUCGUGCGGCCGUGAUGCACAGAUCGGGGGCGGUGAUGGCGUGGAACGUGUUCAAGUUCUGCACCGCCUUGCGGGGGCUUGGCUCCGUCAUGAUCCUGCUCGUCCUCGGCAUCGUCGGCGUCACCUACUACGCCGUCGUCGUCACCAACUACGGCCCCGCCGUCUUCAACGCCGGUGGCAUCGAUUCCCUUUCCGCCCUCGCCGUCUUGCUCCUCUUCCAUGUUCUGUUGGUAAUGCUUCUGUGGAGCUACUUCUCUGUAGUCCUGACAGACCCUGGCAGCAUUCCACCAAAUUGGAAGCCAACUGUGGAUGAGGAGCGGGGUGAAGAAGCUCCAUUAAAUAGCUCAGAGUUUGGUAAUCAGAUUCUAACUUAUCAGCAAUCAGCUAAUCUUGCAGACUCUGGAAGUCCAAGGGUCAGAUACUGUCGGAAGUGCAGCCAGUUGAAACCACCUCGCUGUCAUCACUGUUCUGUUUGUGGGCGAUGCGUAUUGAAAAUGGACCAUCAUUGUGUGUGGGUAGUAAAUUGUGUCGGGGCUCUAAAUUAUAAGUUCUUUCUUCUCUUUCUGCUUUACACAUUUCUCGAGACAACUCUUGUUACCCUAUCGCUGUUGCCAAAUUUUAUUGCGUUCUUUAGUGAUGCGGAGAUAGCUGGAACACCUGGAACACUUGCAACUACUUUUCUCACAUUUGUGUUGAACUUGGCUUUUGCAUUAAGUGUUCUUGGGUUUCUGAUAAUGCAUAUUUCAUUGGUGGGUGGUAACACGACAACUAUUGAGGCAUAUGAGAAGAAAACAACUCCAAAAUGGAAAUACGAUUUGGGCCGGAAAAAGAAUUUUGAGCAGGUAUUUGGAACUGACAAGAGAUUCUGGUUCAUCCCUGCAUAUACGGAAGAGGAUUUGAGAAAGAUUCCAGCACUUCAGGGCCUUGACUAUCCAACAAGGCCUGAUUUCAGUACACAGGAGUUUUAACAGGGUUAUACAAGGAUGACAAUUUCCUCCUCAGUAGUCUUUGAAAGAAAGGGCCACAAGUAGCUUUCUUCAUGCUAUCAAUAUCAUUGUCAUCGUGGCGCUCUGAAGAGCUUAAUUGCAGUACUCUUAGAUACAUGCCGGCAUUAGCAGUUGGAGUAGAGCGAUAUAGGUAAUGAAAUGGAGAAUAUUUCUCUGUUUCGCAUUUCAUUUAAUCUGUGCUAUUAAUGUAGAAGUUUGGUUGGUUAUGUGGUUUGUGGAGGUCCGGGAUGUAUGGUCUUUGCUAUGUUCCUUUUUCCUUUCAUGUAGCUGGUGUAUAGAAUAGGCUUUAAACUUGUUAUAUUUACAAUUCAUAAGCCUCAUGCAGUAUGUUAUACAUUGAGAUUAAAUUUACUGACAUGCUGGGUAAUACAAGCUGAAGGAAUGUAUGAGAUGAUCAAAA